AUAAAGCCCCACUCUCUUCACUCCACUUCAUCAUCAUUUCUGCUUCCUUCGCUGUUAAUUUGCUUUUCUGCCAUGGCUAUGGCAGCUUCGGUUUCUUCUGCCCUUUUCCUCCUUCUUCUUCUUCCUCUGCUACCUUCCCUCAUUGCCUCCUCCUUCCCCACUUUACAAGACCCUGAAUUGGUCGUCCAAGAAGUCCACAGAAAACUGAACGCGUCGAGGAGGAAAUUAGGGUUCCUGUCGUGCAACACCGGGAACCCAAUCGACGACUGCUGGCGGUGCGACGCCGCGUGGGAGAAGAACCGCCAGCGGCUGGCCGACUGCGCGAUCGGCUUCGGCAAGAACGCCGUCGGCGGGCGCGACGGGAAGAUCUACGUGGUGACGGACUCCGGCGACGACGACCCCGUGGAGCCGAAGCCCGGGACCCUCCGGCACGCGGUGAUCCAGGAGCAGCCCCUCUGGAUCAUCUUCGCCCGGGACAUGGUGAUCCAGCUGAAGGAGGAGCUGAUCAUGAACUCCUUCAAGACGAUCGACGGCCGCGGCGCCAGCGUUCACAUCGCCGGCGGGCCGUGCAUCACGAUCCAGUACGUGACGAACAUCAUCAUCCACGGCGUCCACAUCCACGACUGCAAGCAGGGCGGGAACGCCAUGGUCCGGGACUCGCCGCGGCACUACGGGUGGCGGACGGUCUCGGACGGCGACGGCGUGUCGAUCUUCGGCGGCAGCCACGUGUGGGUGGACCACUGCUCCUUCUCGAACUGCAAGGACGGGCUGGUCGACGCCAUCCACGGCUCCACGGCCAUCACCAUAUCCAACAACUACAUGACUCACCACGACAAGGUCAUGCUUUUAGGGCACAGCGAUUCCUACAGUCAGGACAAGGGGAUGCAGGUCACCAUCGCCUUCAACCACUUCGGAGAAGGCCUCGUCCAGAGGAUGCCCAGAUGUAGGCAUGGGUAUUUCCAUGUGGUGAACAAUGACUACACCCAUUGGGAGAUGUAUGCCAUUGGAGGAAGUGCUUCACCCACCAUCAACAGCCAGGGCAACAGAUUUCUUGCUCCAAAUAACAGGUUCAGCAAAGAGGUGACUAAGCACGAGGAUGCGCCGGAGAGCGAAUGGAAGAGUUGGAAUUGGAGAUCGGAAGGAGACCUUAUGUUGAACGGCGCUUAUUUCACGCCGUCCGGGGCCGGUGCGUCGUCGAGCUACGCCAAAGCGUCGAGCUUGGGAGCUCGACCGUCGACCCUAGUGAGCGCCAUAACCUCCGGCGCAGGCGCGCUAACUUGCCGGAAAGGGUCUCGGUGCUAACUAAGUAUAGGUGGAAAAUGAAGGAUGGACGGAUGCUCAAAAAUUAAUUAAAGGACUACAUAAUAUAAUUGGUCCAAUUGAGGAGCAUUAGGGUUUUUUAUUUUUCAAGAUAUCUUUGUGCUUAUUUUUCUUUAUAUAUGUUUUUUUUUUGGCUCACAAGAAUUUCAACUUUUGUUACUUUUUUGACUAAGUUGUCUGUGAAGAUGACAACCUCGUGGCCUGCUAAAUCUGAACCAUUAGGGAUUCUGUUAUUUUGGGACUUGUAAUUGGUUUAUGACAAUGCAAGUGCUGCAUGCAAUGUUUCUUUUGAAUUUUA